AUGUUGCCAGAAUGGAAUAUUGUUUUAAUUAUUAUUGCAAAAUUAUUUGUAAUACUUAUUCCAGUAAUUUCUUUGAAUCCAAUUGAUAACAUUUCAAAUAUCUCUGUUAUCAAUGAUAAAAAUAUUAUUGCUGAAUUACUACAACAAACUAUUAUUACAAAUACUUUGCCUUCUUCUCCUCUUCCUAUUACAACUAUUACCACUACUACUGAUAUUACUACAACAACAACAACAACAACUAUUACUACUGCUACUACUACUAUUAUUACUUAUAAUACGAUAGGAUUAAUUAAAAAUAAAAGUAUGACACAACAUAAUACUAUCAAUCCAUUGUUACAAGCAACUACAACCAAUCAAAUUAUUGUACAGACAAUUAAAGAAGUAUUAAUAUUUUGA